AUGGCCGCUAUCAGACCACUCGUCAAGACAAACAUCAUUAGGAAGGGGACGAAUAAGUUUAUUCGUCAUCAAGUCAGGAGGAGGUUCAAGGGUCAGUACAAGGUGCCAAACAUCGGUUACGGUAUCUGGAAGAGGUGCAGUCAUGUCUGCCCUGAUGAACUGGAAGUUUUACUGAUGCAGAACCGCACAUUCUCUGCCGAAAUUGCACACAAUGUCUCCAGCAGAAAGAGAAAAGACAUUGUCGAGCGUGCCCAGCAGUUGGCUAUCAAGGUGACGAACCCCAACGCUAGCCUCCAAUCCAAGGAGGAUGAGUAA